AUGCAUUGUAAUUGGAAGGAUACGUUGGUUGUUCUCAUUCCAAAAAUCAAAUUUCUGGUCUCUCCAUCCAACUUUCGGCCCAUCAGCCUCUGUCAGACUAUUUACAAAAUUGCAACCACAAUGCUGGUCAAUAGACUCAAAUGUUGUAUUGAUAAAUUCAUCUCAGCUGAGCAGGUGGCCUUCAUCCCGGGACGGUCUUUAUAUGAUCAUUUCCUCUUGGCAUUGGAAAUUUUCAACAAAUUCAAGAUCUCUAAGCACGGGAAGGGACUCAUGGUUGUUAAGCUUGAUAUGGCACAAGCCUUUGAUUGCAUGAGUUGGGAGACUCUGAAGCUUGUUCUCAACUGGUUUGGCUAUCCAGAAAACUUCUCUCUCCUUGUUUUAGAAUGUGUUACUAAUGUUCAUUUUUCUAUCCUUCUUAAUGGAAAAAGCUCUAGAUGGAUUGAAGCCAAGAGUGGUUUUAGACAGGGUUGUCUGAUGUCACCCUAUCUUUACAUUUUAUGCUCUCAGCUCCUCACCAAUGUCAUCAAUAAAAGAGGCCAUCAUUUGGGUAUCCAUACCUCUCCAAGAGCACCUAGAAUAACUCAUCUUCUUUACGCAGAUGAUAUUUUGUUGUUCAAUCAAGCAUCCUCCUCUAAGCUUCGUAUAAUGUUGAACUUAAUCAGGGAUUACUGUGGUUGGACCAGGCAGGGCAUUAAUAAAGACAAAUCACAAAUCCUGUUCAGUAAUUCUGUUAGACAGACUAUCGGACGGAAAAUUGGUAAAAAGUUUGGUAUUAAAAUUGUGGAUGAAUUUCAAUAUCUGGGCAUAAGAAUUGCUCUUAGGUGGUUGGUUAAGAGCGAUUUCGAUUUUGUCGUGGAUCCCGCCUUGGAGAAGCUAAAUACAUGGAGUGCAAGAUCUUUAUCUAUUGCUGGAAGGAUGACUCUCGCCAAAUCUUCUCUGCUAUCUCUGCCUACUUUUAUCUCUUCCCAUUCAUUGAUCCCCAAGAGCAUCUUGUAUGAGUUAGAUCGCAUUUACAGGGAUUUCAUUUGGCAUCAUAAUUCGGAAACUAGGGGCCUUCACUAUGUUUCAUGGGAUGAUUUUUGUGUACCAAGAGCCAUUGGAGGAAUGGGUUUGUUCUCGGUUGUCAAGAAAAUUGGACCCCUUCGUGCUAGGAUUGCUUGGAGAUUCUUCCAAAACCCCUCUUCUCUGCUUUAUAAAUGUCUUGCUUCCAAGUAUGGUAUUGAUAUUUGGAAUGGCAAACACAGAAAUGGAAAAUCUGCUGCUUGUUCAAUCAUUUUGGACGGCACUAAUUUUCUUAAGCCUAUUGUCAAAUGGAAGAUUGGAAAAGGAACUAGUAUCAAUAUUAUGAAUGAUGUUUGGCUUCUUGAUAAAUGUUUCAAUAAGUGGCCAAUUCUUGAGGAUUGUGUCAAUAUGGAGAACUUGACAUUAAACAAUUUCAUCCUUGAAGACGGGAAUUGGAAUCUGACGGAACUCAAGCAGUUUUUUAACGACAACUUGGUUAAUCUUAUUGUCCAUAAUGGUGUAAUUCAUGCUGGUGAUGAUGAUCAUAUGGAGCUCCUUUAUCAGCAUUCUGGUAAAUCUAUCUCAUCAUUAGCAUAUGCCGAAUCCACUAAAUCUCUCAACCCACUGGAUGAUUCUGGCUUCACUGCUUGGCUUCGGAAACUACACCUCAGACCAAGAAUUGAACUCUUUUGGUGGAGAUUGGGUAAGUUUGCCAUACCCACUAAUGAGUUUUUGAUGUAUAGACGCAUUGGUAAUACCGAUCGGUGUGCAAUAGGUUGCUCUGAGGUGAAGAGCAGUGCUCAUGUUGUGGUCCAUUGUAAGUUUCUUAUUGAUAUAAUCAAAAUGUUGAGAUCAUGGGGGAUUAAUGUUCCUAUCUACAGAUCGCUUGCUGAUUGUCUUUAUCACUUAAGACACUUCUCGAAUUGUAGUCUUGACAUUGCCAGGAUAUAUUGUACUGCUUUCUUCUAUUCUUGGAAUGGCAGAAAUAACUUCAAGCAUGGAGGUCCUUUGCUGCCAACAUCGGUUAUUGCUGCAAAUGUCCUAUUUAUGGCCACUAAUAGGAAUUCAAUGCUGGUUAACUGGGAUGCCUCUCUCCAUUGUGAGUUUGAUCCUUCUUGUAUUGGUGGUGUUGUUCGUGACUCCAUGGAUAAACCGCUCUUAGCCUUUGGAAAACAACAGCGUCAUUGGGAUAUUAAUCAACUCGAAUUAGAAGCUAUUUUCUCCUUGAAAGAUUUCAUUGCCGAAUGGAUAUUUGAUAGCAAAGGUUUAAUAAUUGAGGGAGAUAACUACAACGUUAUCAAGUUCCUUCAAGAUUAUAUGAAGAAAUCUAUGCACAACAACCAGAUUUCGGAGAAGAUCUCUUUUCUUUUGGAGUUUAAUAAGGGAACUGCUUCUAGAAGUGAAAGGAAUGGUAGAGAGCACAUGGGGAUGGACAAUAACUUGAGGGUAAGUGAGUUGGAUCUUGUUAUGGAAGAGAAUGUGGAACUUUCUUUGAAUAGCAAUGAAAAUAUUGAUGGAGAUUUGUUGGAGGAUGGCGAACCUCCUCCAAAGGGUAAGGAUAAUGAUCUGAUAAUCGAUUGUAAUCCCAGUUGUUUCUCUCCUUCUUCCUGCUACUAUGAUGGGAAUUUUCUUUGCCUAGACCAUUUGAAUGUUGUUUUUUAUGGGAGAUCUGUUAGGGGCUGUGGGUUUCGGGUUUUUGUUGUGUUUUUCUUCAGUUUUGGAAGAUCUCUGCCAUGGUUCCUUUCAUGCUCAAGCAUUAAUUCUGAUCAUGAGCGUAAUGGUAUAAGCCUUCCUGACUGUGAGACCAACUUCCACAAGCAACAACUUUUAGAAGAAGGACAUUCCUACUGA